GUCACCGUGGACGUGCACGAGGUGUUCAAGUACCCCUUCGAGCAGGUGGUCACCGGCUUCCUCCGAAAGUAUCUGAACCCCAUGGAUAAAAAUGUCAUCUCUGUAAAAAUUGUGUAGGAAAAACAGGAUGUGUCAACAGGGAUCAUCUGUAGAAAGAGGAUUGCAGUCUGUCAGAGUGUGGUUCCAGAAAUUUUAAGGAAGGUGAACAUUUUAAAGGUGCCUCAUAUCCAGUUAGAAGAGGAAUCGUGGUUCAGUCCUCAGGAAAGGAACAUGGCUAUAAGGAGCCACUGUCUUACGUGGACACCAUAUGCAUCCGUGAAGGGAGAGUCCGUCUUCUGGGAAAGUAUGAAAAAUCCAAAUUGGACGGAGUUCAUUCAAACAGACAGGAUUUCAAUCACAGGGGCUGGUUUUCUCAACUGCGUUUUGGAAACUUUUGCCAGCGCAUUUUUAAGACAGGGCGCCCAGAAGGGAAUUAGAAUAACGGAGAUGCUGCUAAGGGAACAGUGGUGCCCCCUUAGCUGA